AUGCCGUGCCCCAAACCGAGAUCGACAGUUCAAACGGUGACAGCCGACGGAACCGUGAGAACCAUCUUCGUCACGCCGACUGCCACGGGCACCGAGGGAGCAACAGGUGCCUCCGAACUGACGCCCGGCAACCAAUCAUCGUCAAAUGGACCUACCACCGGUGCUGUUGUUGGAAUCGUGGUCGGUGUCAUUGCCGCGGUCGUGGCCAUCGCAGGACUGGGACUCUUCUUGUUCUUCAGACGUCGGAGACAACAACAGAACGAGAACGACAAGUACGACGAGCCCAGCCACCGUGGUAGUUCUGCUGGUAUGACCGGCUCGCCACGAAACCCCGAAAUGGUUGUCACUGUUGAUGGAGGACGAUGGGAUCCCGAUGCCUCAAGCGACCAUCGCCGAAGCCGCCUUCUCGCUCACGACCCACGCCUAGACCCUCUCCCGAGAGGUCUCUAUGUGCAUAACAAGAGUGCAGAGAGUAUUAACACCCUACGCGACGACCAAGAUUACUCCCGCAAAGUUCACCAACCGGUCUUGCGGGCGACCAACCCGGAUCCUGACACUUGA